UUAAACUUUAAAGGUACAGUCAUAUGACUUCUAAUUGCAAGAAUGGAAGAAAAACAGCAGAAGUACUUCUUGGGGAUAAUUCUUGUGUUUUUGUGAUCUGGAUCUUCCUGGUGGGGGAGCGUAGGCACGGCCGAUUUCUGCUAUCCCCUCAGAUAAGAAGGAUGAUUGAAGUAUUGUUGACUUGGACACAGCAAAUCUUUAGGUGUGAUCGCUAAAUCUGCACACAAGCAUGGAAGAGAGUCCCAACGGGAAGCCUGGGCUGCAGGCGGAGGGGCGCUGUCGGAGGCGGGUGGCAGCAGUGAGCGCUCCCGCUUUGUCCGCCUGUCGGCUUACCUUAGCCGGGGUCAUGGACGCAGAAGGGAGGGUUGAUGAGUCAAGGCUGAGGGGCCACAUCUUCAGAAACGGUGGUGGGACUCCAUCAGAGAGAGGCCUGGCAUGGCGUUUCCUGUUUGGCAUGUACCCAUGCAGCUCCACUGCACUGGAGCGGUCUUUCCUGCAGGAGCAAUUGUUGGUGCGUUAUCGGGUCAUGAAAAAGAAGUGGCAGCAGUUUCUCCCCUCAACGGUUCGGCUACAGCUCAACGGUACUGAUGCUGAGUUGUUUGCAGCUGUCCGGUACUUUGAUGAGAGGGAGGCCCAAACCCUGCAGCAGGCCCAGGAUCAGUCUGAGGAAGUAAAGGACAGACUCGCCUUCUUAGAGCUUCAAGCGCAGAUACUUUUUGAACGUGUGAAGUUUGACCUGGAGGAGCUGCGAGAAGCCAUACGAAUUAUUGACAAAGAUGUGCCUCGCACCAACAGAGACCUGAGCUACUACCAAGAGGAAGGUUUAGGCAAUCUUUUGGUGCUAAGAAACAUCCUCAUCACUUAUGCUGCUUUUCAUCCAGAGGUUGGCUAUGCCCAGGGAAUGAAUGACCUGUGCAGUCGAUUCUUGGAGGUCCUAGACUGUGAGGUGGACACCUUCUGGAGUUUUUCCUGCUACAUGGAGAAGUUCUCCAGAGACUUCAUGGCCGAUGGCCUGCACAGAAAAAUAGAACUGGAGGCAGCUUUGUUGAAGGAACUGGACCCUCCUCUUUAUGCUCAUCUAGUCAGAGACAACAUGGAGCGCUUUACAUUCUGCCACAGAUGGCUCUUGCUGGGUUUUCAAAGGGAGUUUAAGCACAGUGACGCAUUACGUUUGUUUGAAAUCCUGAGCUGUGACCAUUUGGAGCUAAUCUCACAGAAGGUUGACCGUGCUCGAUAUCAGGAGAGACUGGACCAAAAACACUGUACAGAAGAUGGUUCAGAGUCACCACAGCAAACCUUCAACACAGACUUCACCUUUGAGCUCUUCAUCUGUGCAGCCGUGCUGUUGGAUAAUAGGGAGCCGCUACUCCAGUGCAGAGAUGACGUGCAGCUAAUCCAGUUCACCAGCAGUCUUCAGGGAAGAUUGGACCUGAACAGCACCCUGAAAAAAGCUGAGAGCCAUUUCUACAACUACUGCAAACGCUGUGCAUGGGAUUAUAUGAAUGGGCACCGCAGAGCAAACAGUAUCAAAGACGAAGAUUUCUUUUAUCAACUCCGCAGUUUGUUUAUCUUGAAGCGAUAACACCCCCAGCUGCUAUGAAACAGUUAUUCCACUCACUGACAUUUCUUUAUGGGCACAUAUUGUUACCUCGGCCAAGGAGGUUAUGUUUCUUAGGAGAGUUUGUGUGUUUGUUUGUCUGUCUAUGUACAGUAUAAAGUGAAAGUUAGGAACUGACUUUAAUUAACUUUUUUUUUUUACCAAAGGUGCACCUCAGUCAAAGGAACAAUCCAUUAAAUUUUGGUGUUGGACCACGUCAUAAUCCAGAUGCAGCAUUAUUUUAAAAGAUUCUUUAACAUUAUUUGGCAGGAUAAGCAGUUCCCCCCCAAACCAGAGAGGCUAGACCAGGGAACCUUUUCACAGAACAGAUUACUGAAAACUAAGACUGUUCAAACGUCCACCCUAGCCUCUAAAUCCCUCAAUCACUAUAUAGAGUGUGGACUAUAUAGUGUAUAUAGUAUAUAUGAAAAGGAAAACUAUAUAGUUUUCCUUUUCAUGAAGAGAAUUUACUAAACUUCUGUUUCUGUUACUAUAGCAACAUUCCCCCUAGAGCUAACCUGGUCGGGAGCAGGUUUUGUUCAGUAAACUCUGUUCUCCCUAAUGCUCAGCAUGUUUGUUUAUUUCCUGAUUUAGUCAGGAGAGUUAUGUUGUAGUUUUGUGCAAACGAUAAAAAGAUAAUUAUUAAUUAGGUCUGUUAGACACAUUAGGUGUUAAAAACAUAAACAUAGUGUGUCGUUUUGGAUGAGGAUCCAAUUAAAGAAGGAGCAGCUAAUUUAAAGAGAAAUAUAGACAAGGUUCUUAGACCACUUAUACAUGUGCUUUAUAUUCAGAAAUUUAUUUUUAUGACGCUACCGUUUCUCCACAUUAUCAAGACUUUAUCUGUUCAUACAUUUGCAGCAUUACACAGACUUCUUCAGACAUUUAAAAGAACUUGAUAUCAAUCAGAGAAUAUUGAUAUGUGACAAGAGUAUUAUAGGAAACAAUUCCACAGAGUUGUUUUCUAUAAUGCACAGGUACUACCUGUUUGAACAACGUUUUUAGACUUCCUCUUCACCUGCUUACAGGUGUGCUCCUCCCUCCUGUAAUUUUACCUAAAUGUAAAUUACUUAUCCACUAUCAUUCAACUAAUAAACUGUUUUCCCCUGUAAUGCUAUCAUAACUCGCACUUGGGCAGGCUGUUUUGAUAUUUAUCACCUUGUAUGAAUAUAUAUUUCUGAUGCCUGAAAUAAAUUUUUCCUUGUCAAAAUAAACUUUUCAAACAAAAUGACAUUCCUCAUAUAUGAAAUAAACAUUCAGGAUGUCUAGAAAGGGAUUUUAGAUCUCCAUAUACUACCCUUAUUGGUCAGAAUAAAAACAUUCAUUCAACCUGAUGCAUGUCAAAACAGUAAAAUUUGUAACCUGCUUGGACAUUUAUAGGUAUAUAAGGCUUAAUUCUUACUAUUGCAAUUUUGUUUAGUUUUAUUACUUUCUGAAUUUUAGGUUCUACUGCAAAAAUUAAAUUUAGAAAAUCUGGUAUCACAGUUCCGAAUAGGAAUGUGAUUUUGACCUGAAACAAUCCUAUUUUAGUGAUCUACAAAUGGAACAACUCAUUAAUUAAUAAAUGUUAAAACAGCCUGCCGUAGCCCACUUUAUAUAGACUUGCACAUUAUUAACUCAAGUAGCAAUCUUCUAUCCCAUUUGCCAUUCCUUUGCAGCUGUAGCGCUGUUGCUCUGUCUUUUAAACACUUUCUCCAAUUUUUUUUCAUUUCUGCAUUAACAUCUCUAGUUCAUGUGUUGUGAAAUAGGCACUUCCUGAUGCCUGUUGUCAUGGUGACUUGUCGACUUGGGGCUCCACUGAUAAUAGCUUUUCAUAGUUGUUACGCAAGUGUUCAACUCUGCGUGAACCUACUAAAAAGUUGAUUGAAAUAACUCAUAGCAGCCUUUGUGAAAUUAAAAGGUCACAGUUUCGAACCUCAGGUGAGAUCAAUUCAGAUUUGAGUAUUUAAGCUGACUUUGUUAAAAGAAAAGUCUGGUCAUAUUCAUGAUUACAAACUUCUCAAAGUAAUUUAUUCAAGAAAUUAUUACGUACAGUUUAAUAAAUGAUAAGUGUUUUUAAUUAAGAGUAAUUUUCAUUUCAAUGUGAUUUACCAGAGACAUCCAUGUUUGUCAAAUAACACUACUGGCAACUACCGGUUUGUGAUGUCACAGUGCGGUAUCGGCUCUUGAGCAAGUCUCAAUGCUUAAUCUGGUGUUAGUCACUACGCACUAUUAUCCAAGUCAUCUUGAAAACAUUCUUCUUCGAAAUGUUUGCUACAUAUUACGUGUUUUUUCUCUGGCCAGAAGUUUGAUGAUAAAUCCUCCCUCUUUAAGUUGGCAAUCCCACGACAAACCCGUGGUGGAUCAUGAAUCGGAAGGUGAAAUAACAUUUUUUUUUUCACUUUUGCCCGAUAUGUUACAGCUUCCAACUACCGCAUGGGCAUUGUCAGUUUAACUAUGGCUCUCAUGAAUUUCAAUGAUGAAGUCCUAAUUGUUGUUGAUUGCAGAUGUGUCUAGUAGAUCCCAUUGAUUUUGCUUGUAAAGCGGGGGGAAUGGUGCUAGGCUUACCGCACUGAGUGAGGUG